AAAAGAUCGCGAAAGAGAAGGAGCUUGCUACUACCAUUUGUUUAACGUUGAAAUGUAUUUAAUAACGACUGUUAUUGUACUUCUUACUGUCAACCUCAGCGAACAAACAAGCAUAAUGACCUACAUGAUGUCGCCAACGAGACACUCCCAAACGCUUGUAGAAGGAGAGGUUACCGUGCCUAGAGACCUUGCUAACUUCACCUUUUGUCUGAGAGUUAAACCAAGACUGGCACAAGACUGUGAACCUAUCGCUGUGUCCUACAAAGAUAGAAACACAGGUGCUGAACUGAUUAGGAUCACUACUGGUAACAGUAAGGAAGCACCAAGCUCAUCUGAUAAAGUGUUGCAAGUUUGGACAAGGUACUGCCCUGAAGUUUUCCAUCUGACUCCUCAACUGCGUUGCGACGGAAUAUGGAGAACAGUGUGUGUUGAUGUAACUAAAAAUACGGAAAUAGCCCUUACUGUUCAGAGAUUUGACCAAGUUUCCGAGUCUCAAAGAACUACGAGGUCCUGCAGAGAACGCAAAAUUCCCCGUUAUGAUAAGUUCGCCACACCUGUUAUAAAAAACGGAGGGAAGUUUACCUUCAACACCAUCCAAAUAGGUGACAAAACGAUUAUAUCAGACAGCAAAAUAAAAGACGUGAUGUUAUGGGAAAAUGCCUUUAAAGAUAUUUCUCUGGCCGGGGAAUUAGCAUCUGGUGUUUUGGAAUUUAUACCAAACAGACAACAAAUUGUUUGGAUUUUCAACUCGAAGGCCUCCCUAAUGCAAUCUGGUGAAGUUGAUGUAAAGGAACGCCCCUAUGGAAAAGGAAUGAUAGCGUCCCCUGAGUAUCAACUUGUGGAGAGAGGAGAGAAAGCAGUGCUCACCUGCCAGGUCCUACUUAACGACUUUUCCCGGGUUAACAACACUGGGGCAGGAGUCAGGUGGUUCCAUCAAGAUAUAGACAAUAUAUCCAAAUCAGAGAAGAAUCAUGGUCACACACACGAGGUGCAAAGUACAGAAGAUGAUGACGGAGAUAUAUCUAUCUACACUCUAGACUCUUCGGUCAGCGAUCCUUUCUCACAGGGAUGGUUCUAUUGUCAACGUAACAAAAUAAAAGACAUUGAGAAACUACAUAAAAGCAACAUUGUCCAUAUUACCAUAGCUGAUAAAGUGUGCAAGGCUAUUAAGCGAAAAGACGAUAAGUACGGAACAUUAGAAUUUGCUGCAGCAACUCCAGGAAACUACUCGACUGCGAAGUGUCCGGGAGGAGACGCUAAGAUGCUGUGCACGUCUAACAGCACGUGGGAUGUUGAGAACUGUAACUUUUCCUGCAACACGCUUAUCUACAACACUCUCUCAGAUAUUAUUAACGGUACCACACCACACCCCUCUGCGUUGUCCCAGAUAACUCCCCAGCAAUUUGACAAAAUGACUAACAAUGAUUUCCGGCUCGUUGUCGGGGCGGUGAGACGUGUUCAGAACUAUCUGUACGAUAGGAAGGGGGUUGAGGUUUUGUUGGAUUGGAUGGGAGAACUGAUGGAAGUACCAUCACGUGUCCCUAUUACCACUAGGCAAUUGUUCCCAGAGGUAACAGAGGAGCUAGUAGGAAAACUCACUGAAUAUGUCCAGCAAUCUGAAACCUUACACCAGGAACAUUUCUCUAUUCUCAUCAGUAAGCGUGUUGAUGGUGACUUUACCGGAGAUAUCAGUGAUAGGACUCGACCUAAUGUCAAGAUAUCACUGUUGGGAGAGACAGAUUGGAUGGUAGCAAUAUACUACAGAGAAGACAGCUGGUUUAAAGUAGAUAAUCACAAUAGUGACGUCAUCAUCCACUCUCCUGUAGUGGGCAUCAAGAUAUCCAAUCAUUCUGCUCUCCCCGUGACUAUUACCUUUCAUAAGAACUACAACAGUGACAACAGGUCCAGAUGCGUGUACUGGGAUGUGGAAGAGGUUGGUUGGAAGAGUGACAAUUGUACCACUCAGGAACUUGGUGGGGGCAGGGUUCAAUGUGUUUGUCACCAUCUAACAUCUUUCGCUAUCUUAAUGGAUCCGUUUACGGAUUUGGCCAAUAAUCCAUUCCAAUCAUUUCUGACUAAAGUCGUUUUGUCAGUUUCAAUCGUGUUCCUGAUUUUUUCCAUUAUCAUAUGGAUAUCUUUCAAGUCUCUGAGGAAACUUACCUACAUCAAACUACGGUCCAGCUUCUCCUCCUGUCUUUGUACAGCUUCCUUCUUCUUCUUACUAACAGGAGAAACUCCACGUGACAGCCGUGCUUGUUAUAGCUUCACUUUCCUCAUGCAAUGGAUGUACCUGGCAACAUUUGGGUGGAUGGUAGUUGACGCGUACUGGCUCCGGUUGAAAAUAGUACAUUCUUUAGACUCGUAUGGCGUCUACCCUCGACAAUUCUUCAAGAAAGCUUUUUUCGGAACACUAGGUGAGAGAAGUUUAAGCUACUUGAGCUACAUCCUUGCUCAAAACCCAUAA